GUGAAAAUCACGUGAUCAGUCUAGUCUUUUUAUACGAGCUCACAAAGACACAGGAAAGCACUGACAAAGGAACAGGGUCUGAAGGCAAGGACAUCUAGUAUCUGGAAGGAGCUCCUGUCCAAAAACUAGCUGAGUAGACAGUGGACAGCGGCGAAAUAACAGAGAGACCACGUGGAAGGAUAGAUACUAACAGGCACACUGUGCUGUCAACAGGGAGUCAUUGAAUUGUGUGUGCAGGCAAGGAGCAGCAAAGAAAAAGCCAGCCAAUGCUUGCAGUUAAUCCAGCUUUUAUCACCUGGCAUUAUUGUAUAUAUACACUGUUUAUAUUCAGUAACCAGUCCAGCCAGCUUUGUGCGAUUACGUAUCAACUUGUCUGCGGGUGCUGAUCUACAAUCAUAGUUUAAAUCAUUGAGCAGAUUUCUCUCUACUGUAAUAUGAGGCAUUCUGGACACUCUUUAGAUACCUGGCUUUUCCUAGCUUUGGUUGUGGCUGUAUGGCUGGGGAUGGCUAAUGCUCAGACUAUGGAGCAAGAGUUUACUCAAGCCAUGCUGGAUACAUUUGGACUCAAUGGCACCCUUACUGCCAACAAUGUCAGCAGAAUGGUGGACAGCUGCGGGACAAUGAUGGAGUUCCAAACACAGUUUAAUGAGUGCUUAUCCCGUGAAGUCAUCUUUGCACAUUAUGGAAACAAAAUCACAGAAGAAAACUUUCAGGAUGCUUGUCCUACUCUUUUAUACCUAGUCUAUUCUAGACCAUGUGACUAUGAAGAAACCAUCGAUAUAAAGCCUUCUCCUUCUCAAGUUUGGGGAUUCAGCAUUCUGUCUGUUACAAUUAUCAACCUGACAACCGUAGUUGGAUUAUUUAUAACCCCCUUUGUAAAGAAGCCUUACUUCCCAAAGAUAUUGACUUACUUUAUUGGACUGGCCAUUGGAUCUUUGUUUUCAAAUGCAAUAUUUCAACUGAUUCCAGAAGCAUUUGGAUUUGAUCCCAAACAUGAUAAUUACGUUUCAAAAGCAGUGGCAAUUUUUGGGGGAUUCUACAUUCUUAUGUUUGUUGAGAGGAUACUGAAAAUGAGUCUGAACAUCUAUGGUGAAGGACCUCAUAAACACUUAGAACUUGACAAGCCACCACAGGAACUUCAUACUGAUCAUGGAAAAUGCACUACUAAUGGAACCACCAUGUAUGGAAAUUCAGCUAUAACAGAGGCCAAUGGUACUGUCAACAUAGAUCAAGUCAGUGUGAUCUCAAAGGAAACAGAUGAAGGAAAUUGUUGCUGCAAAAUAAGGACAUGGACUCCAAUGAAGGAGAUUGGAACAUUAGCAUGGAUGAUUACAUUUAGUGAUGCCCUGCAUAACUUUAUUGAUGGGCUCGCCAUUGGGGCUUCAUUUACAUUAUCUCCGUUGCAAGGGCUGAGUACAUCUAUCGCCAUUGUGUGUGAAGAGUUCCCCCAUGAGUUUGGUGAUUUUGCAAUCUUGCUGAAUGCAGGAAUGAGUAUCCCCCAAGCUCUGUUCUUCAAUUUUAUUUCUGCUUGCACGUGUUACUUUGGUAUGAUUAUUGGGAUUCUAGUGGGCAACAACUUUGAACCAAAUAUUAUAUUUGGACUUGCUGGAGGAAUGUUUCUGUAUAUUGGACUGGCAGAUAUGUUUCCUGAAAUGAAUGAAAUGCUCAAUGAUAAAAUAAAAGGAAGAAAAACUGACAUGGUCUUUUUUGCCAUUCAGAAUGCUGGAUUGCUUUCUGGAUUUGCUAUCAUUCUAUUGAUAACCCUUUAUGCUGGAAACAUUACACUGGGAUAGUAUAUGUUCCUCCAAGGACUAAAUACCCAAGAUGCUACAAGAGAAAGAAAUAUAACGUGGCCUUAUACCUUCUAUCUUCAAACCUCAAGAGAUUUUUUUUUUAAUGCGCACUUAGAUGAAAUUACUUUGAAAGCAGAUUCAAGGCAUACGCAACAAACUGCUGCUAUCUUUAAAUGAAAAAUAUUUGUAUAUGUUUGCAAAGUGAGUACACCAGGUUUUACCUGUACAGUGUUAUAGUGAGCCAAAGGUGUUACAGGGUGUGAUUUAUUUACAGUACUGGCAGUUUUUGCCUCUUUAAUACAUGUGAUUUUGGAAAAUUUAUGGGCUCAUGACCAAAUCACUGUCAUUUUUGUAAAAAAAACAAAAAGCUUUUUUUUGUAUAUGAACUUUUUCAAGAUUAAUGCUUUUUGUUGUUCUGUCACUGAUCUUUUUUGAUUGUUUUUUUUUGCACUGAAAAGAAGUAAAAAUACUGACUUAACAACAGUUACCGUCUUAGUUCAUCCACAUGAAAAAUGGACUCCACGGUAUAUUGAGCAUAUUUUUAUACUUUUUAAAAUGUCAGCAAACAGAUCAACAUUUUUUAAGCCAAGCCAAAGUAUUUAAUUUUUUUUAAGAAAAUCUCUUCCAAACACUGUAUAUUGCUGUUGAAUGAAAAUGGAUAUAAU